AAUCUAUUGAGGGCUACUUGAAAACUACCUUCAAGUGCUUUUAUGUUAUUUAGGGAGUGUCAAAACUUUCCCAAAGAUGUCUUCUCUGUAUUUUAUUGCUUCUUGCAUGUCCAUAUUGUGCCAAAUGCAGCUCAGUGUUUGAUACCAAAUGGAGUAUUGAAGUGCAAGCAGAUCUGAAACUAAAGAUGGCAGGCCUUCCCAACAAGAUUCUUUUUUUUAUGGGCAUGGCAGCUGAGCACGCAGAAAACAACGUAAGAAUUCCCUAAAUGCAAGCGGUUCUCCAAUUAUAUGUAAUUUGUCACAGUACUUUUGCAGUGAUGUUCUGAAGGACAUUGUAAUUAAAAAGUCCUAUAAGAUUUGGUACAGGAAUAAGUUAACUACUCUUAAUUCUCUGCUACUAUUUCAAGGAAUGCAACAUGACUUUUUCCUAAUAAAGACAAAUUUCUCAUAAACUGGGUAGGUGAAUGAGAAAAAGUAGCUGAAAUAUAUAUUAUCAGAGGGUGAUAAGAUGCUUCUUUGUGAUGUCACUGCUGCCAUAGAAACUAUAUGUGCACACAAGUGAAAAUGACAUCUGGCAGCAGAAGAGCAUGGAAAGUUGAGAGAGGAGGCAACAUCUUCGGUCUGGCAGGGUCAUCAAAGCAGUUCAGCUGAUAAAGAACAACCGUAUAGUCUUAGGUACAUUUCCACUUCCAAGCCUCAGAAGAUGUCUCAGGAAGUUGAUUGGCUACACAGCCAAGCAGGUGUGUGUAAGGUCGAUCUCUAUAAUCCUGGAGGAGGAAAGGACCAGGAACGCAAAGUGAUUUGUUUUGUCGAUGUUUCCAGCCUGAACAUUAAGCAAACAGAUGAUACAGAUAAAGAUGCUGCUGGCCAGUCCAAAAGCAGUGAAUCUGCCACAGGACUUGAUCUGGGGAAAAUGCAGGACAAAGAGGUCAUAGUAAUCAAGGACAGUGACUCACCAGAACAAUCUAAGACAGAAGGAGCCGUUUGUCUGUUCAAACAAGGUUCAACCGAAGAGCUUAAUGUUGUGUCCUGGCUUUUUGAUGACCUGCAAAAAUAUGCAUGUGGAUUUCAGCAUGCACUAACCCCUUCAUCUGCUCCUCCUGCACAAAAGCCAUCGGCAGCGGACAAGAUGUCCCAGAAUAACAACAACACAGCUUUCAAAGCUUCUGAAAGUCAAAAAGCACCAUCAGAUGAAGUAGCAUGCACUGUCCAAAAGCUGUGUACUUUGGUUAUGCAGAUGGCAAGCAAAGAGAUCUCUGAAAAUUUGGAAGAUGCCGCCAGCAAAUGCAUACGCCAGGCAAUUUAUGCUACUAAAGACGGGAAAGCUCUCAAUCCCUCUGGUUCGGUAAGUAAGAAAGAGGAGGGUAAAGGACUCCCCAAGAAAACAUCGCUUUUUUAUGGUGAGUUAUGUUCCAACCAAAGCGAAUCAUCACCAGAUGAAGAAGGAAAAUCAACACAUGCCCACUUGAUACAUCCAAGAAAACAGACUUGCAAUGAUGGUUCUUUUAACAAAGGGCUAAUGGUAUAUGCAAACAAAAAUGCUAAAGAUAUGACAUUUUCAUUUGUGAAUGCCACCAAGAUACACAAAAGGCCACCACUCCCAGCCUGUGUGAUUCUGAAGAGAGUGUUUCUCAAACACACAAAGGAUGUCAUAUCGGAUUUAAUCGACUCUACCAUGAAAAAUCUGCAUAAUGUCACCGGAGUCCUCAUGACAGACUCAGAUUUUGUUACUAUGGUGAAGAAAAACCUCUUCAAUGCGGGAACUCAGAAGUCAACUGAGAUUUUAGAAGCAAUGGUAUUAAGAAUGUAUAACGCUUUGAUGUCAGAUAAUAAGGACAGAGGGCAUAGUCUUGUAUACUCUUUAUUGAAAACAGGAUGUUCGUUAGACCCCAAUUCUCCAAAUAUGCAUUUUGCAUCGUUGAAGGGUGGGGUCCAUAUGAGGGAAAAGGUAAGGCAAGAUGGGCAGUCAUCAGCACAAAAAGUAGGUGAAACAAUAAUUAAGGAUGGAAUUAGCAUGUUGAGAUCAAGAGCAGGAGGCAAAGGUCCAGAGAGGGGAUGUCAUGAUAAGAGGUCAGAAAAAAGUAACUCGACUACUGAGUUUCUAGCAAAAGACCUCAUUUUGACAGCUUUAAUGUUGAUACAACAACAUCUCUUAACUCAGCACAAAGAGCCUGUUUGUGAGUCAAAUACGUCUUCAUUUGGAUAUUAUGGAGGUAAACAUGGUUCUAAAUCUCAUAGUUCCAGGAGUGAUCCACAGCAGCAAGAAUACCAGAGGGGGGAAAUACAAAGUGCCCUUCUAUCAAUCAUCCAGAAGGUCCUACAAGAGGCUGGUUUCAAUGUAGAUGAGUGUGAAAUAAGCAAGAAUCCCAAGUCAAACUCGUAUGAUGAUAGAUCUAGUAGAAAGCCCACAUCCAAACAGGGUAGUUCAGAUGUGGAUUGUGAGAAUAUGGAGCAGAUAAAUAAGAAAUUCAUUGAUCAGCUGAUGGAAUCUGUGAUGAAGCUCUGUAUGUACAUGACUAAAAGCCCCGAUUUUGUUGUUGAAGAUUACUCUGACGAGCAAGGCACAUACAUCACAGCAAGAAACAAAGGCAUGUCAACUCCAGAUUCAAUGUUAUCCCAGAAACCUCCACGAACUAAUAUUGGAAAACCACUUGUACCUGCUGGCUCUGAGGUGAUAGUAAACAACCAAAGCUCCAACUGCAGCUCACAGAACAGAGAACUCCAGGCUGUCCUCCAGUGGAUGGCUGCUUCUCAUUUCCAAGUGCCCAAUCUCACUUUCAUGAAUGAGAACGAUGACGAGCUGAAGAAGCUUCCACAACUGGCUGACAAAGCAGCCAAAAAAGGUGCAAGUGUGGGGGACAUUUUGCAGGAGGUAAUGAAGUAUUUCGAGAAACAACAGGUUGAUGCCGCUGUGGGAAAUAUGCCUCGUUGCGGACUACUUGACUGGUUGCUUGCUAAUCUGUAG